UGCAUUUUUUUAGUGUAUUUUACUCGGUAAUACUGUAAUAAAACCUUUCAAGUGUUUGGACGUUUUCGUUGUCUCUGUGAUGCGUGGAACAUGAAAAGUGCAUUAUUGCAGGAGUGAACAAUUUCAAAUUUUGUCAAUGCUCAGCGGAAAGGAUUUACUCAUCUGGAUUUUCAACUAAAUUUGAGGAUUAAAACAAGAUCAAGAUGCCUUGGAUACCUUCGGCAAAAGAUAAAUAUGGAGUUGCGGUUUACAACUACAGAAAUGGUAAUAAAAUGCAUCUGAAUUUAUCGGUUGGCGAUCCUGUGCAUAUAAGAGAAGAGUUUGAAGGAUUGUGGUACAAGGGAUGUCACAACCAUGAUAAAUCUAUAACGGGUAUUUUUCCAUGCAGUUACAUUCAUAUUAAAGAAGCAGUGGUGGAACAUCGAGGGAGCAAAAAUGAAACUGUGAGUUGCAAGGAGCCUCCCGUUGUACAGGAGAUGACUCAUGUUUUGAGAGAAUGGGGAACAAUGUGCAAAGAUAUAUACAAGUCGAACAAAAAUCACAAAUUACUCACUCGUAUUCGAGGUAUGCUUCAACAGUUGAUCAAUAUUCGAAGGAGUAUUGUAUCAGGAACAAUGCCUGCUGAUGAACUUGCAACAAUAAAAAAACAAGUAGCAGAUAUGAUUGAUUUUGGAAACAGAAUUCUUGACCUUGAUCUGAUCGUUCGAAACGAAAAUCGUGAACCAAUCGAUGUGAAUAAUUUGAGCACGGUUGAAAUUUAUACCAUGUACUCUGAAUCUGCACAAAGAAUCCAACGUAAAAUUGCUGAAGAAGAUUUUCAUCGAAAGGGUAAAAACAAUGAAGUCGUUGAAGUACAAGAUCCAAUGUCAUCUUCUCAUGUUCAUAGCUUGUUUGUAACAGUCAAGAAUUUUGUUUGUCGAAUUGGCGAAGAAGCUGAUGUUUUUAUGUCCCUCUAUGAUGGAAAAAGCCAUAGCUUCAUCAGUGAAAAUUAUCUCGUGAGAUGGGGAAGUCAAGGAUUGCCAAGAAAUUUGGAAAUGUUAAAUAAUCUGAAAUGUUUAUUUACAGAUCUUGGCAGCAAGGAUAUGUCCAGAGAAAAAAUAUAUUUGGUUUGUCAGAUUGUUCGAAUAGGGAGAAUGGAACUAAAAGAUUUGAAAUCUGAAUCAGACAGAAAACGUUACACAAAUAGCUUAAGAAGGGCAUUCGGUAUCGCAGUGAUGGAUGUCACUAAUAUUGUCAAAGGAAUUGAAGAAAGAGAUGAAGACAAACAAACUUUUAUUCCUUUCGUGCAAGUGACUGGAGAGAAUGAAAAUCUUCAUCAACUCAUCAUGAGAACAAUUAGUUCAAGAAGUGAAUUCAACCAUAAGGGACAAGGGCUUUGGGUGUCAAUGAAAAUGCUACAUGCUGAUUUGAAGACUGCGCAGAGGGAUUACCAACAUCUCAUCGAUAAAACUACGGCUGUUGCUAGAAAAAUGGGAUUUCCAGAAGUUAUUAUGCCUGGUGACAUCAGGAAUGAUUUAUAUGUAACUCUGAUUCAGGGUGACUUUGAAAAAGGUUCGAAAACAGCUCACAAGAAUGUUGAGGUCACUGUUUCUGUAUGUGGUAAGAGUGGAGAAGUCAUCCCUGUAAGUUUGAUUUUAUCUGCAAAUAUCAUGUUUUGAACUACAUUUGUACAU